UUUUCUCUCUCUUUUCAAGUUCUAUGCUGCUUCUGCACUCUCUAUUGGCCCCUCCCUCCUUAUCAAACCCAAAUCUUAAAUCUACCCAUUUCUCAAAAAUCUCUCCUUUUUUUCUCUCUACUUGUUUUUGCCAUUCUCUUUCUCAAUUGUUGGGUGUUCUGAGGAACACAAGACACACCAUUCCCCCUAGUGAGAAGAACUUGUUGGUCGCUUCUAGGGCUAGCUAGCUAGGUUACUUCCCCCCUAACUCUGCAGCAUUUCUGGGUCUCUGUUCCCGUUAGCUACAUUUUUUUGACUCUUAACGUGUCAAAGUCUUUACUUUUACAUUGAUUUCUCGAGUAAAACCCAAUUUUGGAAUGUGCCCAUAAGUGAAAGUUGAAGUCUUUGGCAUCCCAGAGUUACAUUUUCAGGAGAAGUGAUUCAUUGACUGCAAUCUGUAGAUGGAGUAAUAAUAAUAAUAAUAAUAAAUAAAUGGAGGUUGUUGAGAGGAAACGAUCAAGAGGAGGGCUUUUAAAUCUAUUUGAUUGGCCUGGAAAAUCACGGAAGAAGAAGCUCUUCUCUUCCACCAGUAGCUCUGAACUCUCAGAAGAAGCAAAGCAGACAAAACAGAAUGCUCAAAACCUCUUAAAGGCUUCUUCUCUCAAUGAGGUUGAUAAGAUUGGCAAGAAUCGGAAUUACAACUCAAGAAGUGACUCUAGCUGUUGUGCAUCUUCUGUUAUUACCAGUGAUGAUGGGCAGGGGACAACAAUAGCCCCAAGUGUGGUUGCAAGGCUCAUGGGUUUAGAGUCUUUACCAGUACCAAAUGUCCAGGAACCUCCUGAUCUUGAUCCAUUCUUCUUCAGACAUUCAAGAAACACAAACAAAUGGAAUGCAUAUGAGAAUCUUGGUCUUGGUAGCAACAGACCGGUUGAGAGGUUUCGGUCCGAAACUUUUCCUCCCAGGUUAGCUAAACCGAUCUCUGUUGCCAGCAGUGGACUCUUGUCUCCUAUCAGGAGUCCUGGGUUUGUCCCAUCCAGGAACCGUGUUUAUGUAAUGGAAGCAGCUUCGAGAAUGAUUGAACCAAGAAGUCCUAGGAUGGUCACUAGAACACGGUUCUCUUCGCCUUCAGAUUCUCCUUCUUCAGUUCCUACGAGGAUACAAGAUUUAAGAGACAAACUAAAAGCUGCAAAGAAAGUGUCACUGUCACAGCACCACCAAGUCACAACACCGUUUACUAGCAAAAGCAGUCAUGAUGGUUUGAAGGGUAAAGCGAGGCCACCACCUCAUGUAUCUGCACAAGCGAAGGUCAAUGCAACGUCCUUAAGUGUCAUCAGAAACUCUCCAAGACAUAAGGAGAAAGCAGAACCUAAAAAACGAAUAGUUAAUGGUCUCAGAGGACCUCCCAUUGGCACUGGGAAGAGUGUGGUUAAGCAGAAUGAACAGAGACAGAACUGCAGGGACAACAACAAGGUUCCAGUGGACUGUGGUGGAUCGAUAUCAAAGCAGUCCGGUUUGAGGACUGAACCGGCAGGAAAGAAUACUUCUCUAUCUCUGUCGCGCAAAAAGACUCUUCCCCGGAGCAAGAAACCACCAAAUGGGACGCAAGAAUGUGGAAUCUCCAAUCAUAAACGAACCAAAAGGGGCGAAAAUGUGAUCAAAUGUAACAUUACUAUUGAUGGUGGCUUGAGCUCAGGCAAAGAUGAUGGGAGAAAGGAAGUAGAUGUGAUUUCAUUCACAUUCUCAUCUGAUUCACUAUCCUCCACACAAGUAACUGAUCAAGACACAGACUCUGCAGUUAGUUUGGAUAUGUUUGGUGGUAAUCCUUUAAAUGUUCUGCUAGAGCAAAAGCUCAGAGAGCUGACUUCUAAGCUUGAGUCUUCUAGUUGUAGCCUGGCCCAAGAAGAGCCUUCACGUUCAUCAGAGUAUGACAAGUCGACUCAAAACGGUGUAGAUAAAGUUUUGUCAGAGAGUGAGUCUGUUUCUGACUGCACUUCAUUCUAUGACAAACAAAAACUUCAGAUGAUGGAUGCAGAAGAGCAUGAAGUUAGCAGCAUUAGCACUGUAACAAAAGCAGAUGAUCUCAGAAGCUCUUGCAGCAAGGGUUUCUCUGAUUGUAGACAAACCACAGAAAGGCUAGACUGGGAGCUUGAGUACAUAUCUGUGAUCCUCGGUUCUGACCAACUGAUGGUGAAAGAAUUCGCUUUGGGAAUGGCUACUGACAUAAUACCUGCUAGCCUCUUCAAUGAAAUGGAAGGCCGUGGAGAAUCAACAGCAGCCAAGCUCAAGAGGAAGACACUGUUUGAUUAUGUCAAUAACUGCUUAGCGCUCAAAUGCGAGCAGAUGUUUAGGGGUAGCUGCAGAGGGCUAUUGUGGAAAGACGGGAUAUUGUUUGAACGUAGAGAUUGGUUAGCAGAAGAACUGAACAGAGAGUUUCAGGGGUUGAAGAAGAUGAGAGAGAUGAGGAUGGACGAGCUUGUUGAAAAAGAAAUGAGCAGUUUAGAAGGGAGUUGGCUGGAUUUUGAGAGAGAGACUUAUGAAGAAGGCGUUGACAUUGAGGGAGAGAUAGUGUCUACAUUGGUUGAUGAUUUAGUUAAUGAACUUGCUUCAGUGUUCAAAGAACAUUGAAGCCAAGAACGAAUGCUAGUCUAUGUUUCUUUCAUGUAAUAGUUUCUCUGACAUGAGAAUUGAGAUAAAGUUAAAAG